AUGGCCCGUCUCGCCCACGCCUUCUGGAGCCUUUGCGUCACCGCCAUCCUCGUCACCUCAGCCACACAAGGUCUGAGCCGCGCCGGGCUGCCCUUUGGCCUGGUGCGGCGGGAACUGGCCUGCGAGGGCUACCCCAUCGAGCUGCGCUGCCCAGGCAGCGACGUCAUCAUGGUGGAGAACGCCAACUACGGGCGCACGGACGACAAGAUCUGUGACGCCGACCCCUUCCAGAUGGAGAACGUGCAGUGCUACCUCCCUGACGCCUUCAAGAUCAUGUCCCAGAGGUGCAAUAACCGGACGCAGUGCGUGGUGGUGGCUGGAUCGGACGCCUUCCCGGACCCCUGCCCUGGAACCUACAAGUACCUGGAGGUCCAGUAUGACUGUGUCCCAUACAAAGUGGAACAAAAAGUAUUCGUUUGCCCGGGGACCCUACAGAAGGUGCUGGAGGCCACGUCCACCCACGAAUCAGAGCAUCAGUCGGGCGCCUGGUGCAAAGACCCACUGCAAGCCGGCGACCGGAUCUACGUCAUGCCGUGGAUUCCUUACCGGACGGACACGCUGACAGAGUACGCCUCGUGGGAGGACUACGUGGGCGCCCGCCACACCACCACCUACCGGCUGCCCAACCGCGUGGACGGCACGGGCUUCGUGGUGUACGACGGGGCCGUCUUCUACAACAAGGAGCGGACCCGGAACAUCAUCAAGUACGACCUGCGGACCCGCAUCAAGAGCGGCGAGACGGUGAUCAACACGGCCAACUACCAUGACACCUCACCCUACCGCUGGGGGGGCAAGACCGACAUCGACCUGGCCGUGGACGAGAACGGGCUGUGGGUCAUCUACGCCACCGAGGGCAACAACGGGCGGCUGGUGGUGAGCCAGCUCAACCCCUACACCCUGCGCUUCGAGGGUACCUGGGAGACGGGCUAUGACAAGCGCUCGGCCUCCAACGCCUUCAUGGUGUGCGGGGUGCUGUACGUGGUGCGCUCCGUCUACGUGGACGACGACAGCGAGGCCGCCGGCAACCGCGUGGACUACGCCUUCAACACCAACCUCAACCGGGAGGAGCCCGUCUCGCUGGCCUUCCCCAACCCCUACCAGUACGUCUCCUCCGUGGACUACAACCCCCGCGACAACCAGCUCUACGUCUGGAACAACUACUUCGUGGUGCGCUACGCCCUGGAGUUCGGGCCCCCCGACCCCAGCACGGGCCCUGUCACCUCCACGCCGCUCAGCACCACCACCACUGUGCGGCCCACCACGGUCACCACCACGGCCUCGCCCGCCGCCACCACCACGGUGCGCAGGGCCCCCCUCACCACCCACCCCAUCGGCGCCAUCAACCAGAAGGGCACGGAGCUGCACCCCAUCACGGCCGCUGCCCCCAGCACCCGCAAGCCCCCCUCCUCCAACCAGCACGUCUCCCCCGAGCUCUUCUGCGAGCCCAAGGAGGUCAGACGGGUCCAGUGGCCGGCCACGCAGCAGGGCAUGCUGGUGGAGCGGCCCUGCCCCAAGGGCACCAGAGGAAUUGCCUCCUUCCAGUGCCUGCCGGCCCUGGGGAUCUGGAACCCGCGCGGCCCCGACCUCAGCAACUGCACCAGCCCCUGGGUCAACCAGGUGGCACAGAAGAUCAAGAGCGGGGAGAAUGCGGCCAACAUUGCCAGCGAGCUGGCACGGCACACGCGGGGACCCAUCUACGCCGGCGACGUCAGCUCCUCCGUCAAGCUGAUGGAGCAGCUGCUGGACAUCCUGGACGCCCAGCUGCAGGCGCUGCGCCCCAUCGAGAGGGAGUCGGCUGGCAAGAACUACAACAAGAUGCACAAGCGAGAGCGGACCUGUAAAGACUACAUCAAGGCUGUGGUGGAGACCGUGGACAAUCUGCUGCGGCCCGAGGCGCUGGAGUCGUGGAAGGACAUGAACGCCACGGAGCAGGUGCACACGGCCACCAUGCUGCUGGACAUCCUGGAGGAGGGCGCCUUCCUGCUGGCCGACAACGUCAAGGAGCCCGCGCGCUUCGUCACCACCCGGCAGAACGUGGUGCUGGAGGUGACAGUGCUGAACACGGAGGGGCAGGUGCAGGAGCUGGUCUUCCCGCAGGAGUACGCCAGCGAGAACUCCAUCCAGCUCUCGGCCAAAACCAUCAAGCAGAACAGCCGCAAUGGGGUGGUCAAGGUGGUCUUCAUCCUCUACAACAACCUGGGCUUCUUCCUCUCCACCGAGAACGCCACAGUCAAGAUGAGCGGGGAGGCGGGCGCCCCCAGCCCUGCCCUGGUCGUCAACUCGCAGGUCAUCGCCGCCUCCAUCAACAAGGAGUCCAGCCGCGUCUUCCUCAUGGACCCCGUCAUCUUCACCCUCUCCCACCUGGAGGCGAAGAACCACUUCAACGCCAACUGCUCCUUCUGGAACUACUCGGAGCGCUCCAUGAUGGGCUACUGGUCAACGCAGGGCUGCCGCCUGGUGGAGACCAACAAGACGCACACGACUUGCGCCUGCAGCCACCUCACCAACUUCGCCGUGCUCAUGGCGCACCGCGAGAUCUACCAGGGCCGUAUCAACGAGCUGCUGCUGUCGGUGAUCACCUGGGUGGGCAUCGUCAUCUCGCUGGUGUGCCUGGCCAUCUGCAUCUCCACCUUCUGCUUCCUGCGCGGGCUGCAGACUGACCGCAACACCAUCCACAAGAACCUCUGCAUCAGCCUCUUCCUCGCCGAGCUCCUCUUCCUCAUCGGCAUUGACAAGACGCAGUAUGAGAUCGCCUGCCCCAUCUUCGCGGGGCUGCUGCAUUACUUUUUCCUGGCAGCCUUCUCCUGGAUGUGCCUGGAGGGCGUGCACCUCUACCUCAUGCUGGUGGAGGUCUUCGAGAGCGAGUACUCCCGCAAGAAGUACUACUACCUGGGCGGCUACUGCUUCCCGGCCCUCGUGGUGGGCAUCGCCGCCGCCAUUGACUACCGCAGCUACGGCACCGACAAGGCCUGCUGGCUCCGAGUGGACAAUUACUUCAUCUGGAGCUUCAUUGGCCCGGUCUCCUUCAUCAUCGUGGUCAACCUGCUCUUCCUCAUGAUCACGCUGCACAAGAUGAGCCGCAGCACGGCCGUGCUCAAGCCCGACUCCAGCCGCCUGGACAACAUCAAGUCCUGGGCGCUGGGCGCCAUCGCUCUCCUCUUCCUCUUGGGACUCACCUGGGCCUUCGGCCUCCUCUUCAUCAACAAGGAGUCCAUCGUCAUGGCCUAUCUCUUCACCACCUUCAACGCCUUCCAGGGCAUGUUCAUCUUCGUCUUCCACUGUGCCCUGCAGAAGAAGGUGCACAGGGAGUUCAGUAAAUGCCUGCGUCACGCAUCCUGCUGUCUGCGCAGCCCCCCGGGGGCCACACUCGGCUCCCUCAAGACUUCAGCCAUUCGGAGCAACAACCGCUACUACACGGGCACGCAGAGUCGGAUCCGGAGAAUGUGGAACGACACCGUCCGGAAACAGACGGAGUCGAGCUUCAUGGCGGGGGAUAUCAACAGCACCCCCACCCUGAACCGAGGGACCAUGGGGAACCACCUGCUGACCAACCCGGUGCUGCAGACCCGGGGCGGCACCAGCCCCUACAACACCCUCAUCGCCGAGUCCGUGGGCUUCAACCCCUCCUCGCCCCCCGUCUUCAACUCCCCAGGGAGCUUCCGAGAGUCCAAGCACCCCCUGAACAACAGCCGGGACGCCUGCGGCAUGGACACCCUGCCCCUCAACGGCAACUUCAACAACAGCUACUCCCUCCGCAGUGCUGACUUCCCGGCCGAGGGCGCCAAGAUGGCCGACUGCCGGCGCAACCUCAGCGACGCCGCCGCCUUCGAGAAGAUGAUCAUCUCGGAGCUGGUGCACAACAACCUGCGCGGGGGCACCGGCAGCAUGGCCAAGGGGGCACCCCCUCCGGGGGGGGCCGGCCCGGCCGAGCCCAGCAACCCCUCCGGCCCGCCCGCCCCCCCCAGCGGCGGCGGGCCCGGCGAGGAGGAGGCGGCGGCGCCCGAGGGCCCAGCCCUGAGCCAGGAGGAGAACCUGGAGAUCGAACUCAUGUACAAGGCCCUGGAGGAGCCGCUGCUGCUGCAACGGGCUCAGUCGAUCCUCUACCAGAGCGACCUGGAGGAGUCCGAGAGCUGCACGGCCGACCUGACCGAGGGCGGAGACGGCCAGGCCCCCUCCCCCAACAGGGACUCCUUGUACACCAGUAUGACCAACCUGAGAGACUCCCCUUACCCGGACAGCAGCCCCGAGGCGGUGGGGGAAAUCCUCCCCCACACCCAAGCCAUCAACGAAAUCUACUACACCAACCGGCCCGCCCUGGUGCCCCGCAGCCAGCUCCAAGCCUACUACCAGGUCCGGAGACCGAGCACUGACGGCUACUUGGUUCAAGCCGGCUUAGAGGGCCCAGUGCCGGAGGGAGACGGUCAAAUGCAGCUGGUCACCAGUCUCUGA